AUGGAGGCUUUUAGCUUACUCAAAUACUGGCGAGGCGGUGGUGGUAAUGGUGGCGGAGGUGGUACUGUUUUCGCCACUGACGCCACCACUAAUGCGCGCACCACCAAAGCCUGCGCUACAACAACCAUAGUCACGGCCGUCAGUCCUCAAACAUCAGAGACUGACACCGACGACGAUGGACCAUUUUUUGACUUGGAAUUCGCCGUACCAGACGAGGAGGAGGAGGAGGAUGACGAAGAAGACAAAAUAAUGAAAAGUGAGGAAAUUGAUGGCAUUAAUUGCGAAGAAGAUGAUGACGAUAAUGAAGAAAAAGACGAGGAAGAUAUGGAUUCUGAAGCAUCCGACGGUGAAAGUGAGGAAGAGUUUAAGUUCACAUUGUCAUCUGGUUCGAGCGCUAACUGUACGGAGCCGAAUGUCUCGUUGUCUCCUUCCGAUGAUCUCUUCUUCAAAGGACGAGGACGCCUCGUUCCAGUCGAGCCUUUGAACGGCUCAGAAUCUAACUCGAAGUCGCAAUUUCCUGCGUCCUUGUUAAGAUCGGCUACGAAAUUACGAGUUUCUUUCCUAAUGUUGAAGUUGAAGAAAUCGAAACCGAAUGCACCUGAAAAAACACAAGGUAAUGGAUCUGUUUCAGAGAGUUCUAAACCACAAGAGAGUCAAAAAUUGGAAAAUCAGCAAGAAAAGCAAAACCAAACGAACAGCAAGUUCUUCACGGUGAAGUUUAAGGUGGAAGAAGUUCCGAUUAUGUCUCUGUUUACCAGAGAUAGUAGCUCAAAAGGUGCUAAUAACAAAGCGCAGAAGCAGAACUUGGAGGAAACAGCUUCAGAUGACAAGCGAUUUUCGAAAGAUGUAGUGCAAAAGUACUUAAAAAUGGUUAAGCCUCUUUACGUUCGCGUUUCGAAGCGAUACGGUGACAAACUGAGAUUCUCGGGGCAAUUAAGCUUAUCCGGGGUGACAAAAGCCACGGCAGCGGAGAAAUCGCCUCCGGCACCGAAAUGCGACUCGGAAGUUACAGAAGUGGCGGAUCCGACGAGUAUUGUGAAGAAUCAGAAGCAGGGGAACUUGCCGGCAGGGCUUCGGGUGGUGCGUAAGCAUUUAGGAAAGAGCCGAUCGUCUUCAUCGGCGGUAGCAGCUGCUCCAUCGGGGCCGAUUUCGUCAAAACGACGUGACGAUUCGUUGUUGCAGCAACAGGAUGGAAUCCAAAGCGCCAUUCUGCACUGCAAGAGAUCAUUCAAUGCUUCCAGAGAUUCAGAAUCGUCGAUUUUAUCGCGUUCAGUCAGCGAUCCAUCGCAUGAGAAAUGUGGGGGUUUGUCAAAAAAUUCAUCUUCUGGGGAAGGGAAAGAGAAGACUUGGGUUGCAUUUGAGAGUACCAUAGAAAGCCGGAAAAGUGCUCAAAGUGGAAAAAGCACUACUACUAUGUUGUGAUCUUUUCGGUCUUUCUUUGAUAUGAGAGAUUCAACCGUGGCAAUUACUAAGAAAUGAGUUAUCAAUUAUCACUCUAGCUUUGUUCUUUGUAAAAUAUUCAG